AUGUCAAGAAGUAGAAAAUCAACUGCUGCAGAAGCGAAGCUAAAGAAAAAGGAGUAUGACAGAAAGCGAAGAGAAAAAUUAAAAAAUUGUCCUGAAAGUUUGGAGAAACUUAGAGAGAAAGAAAGACUCAAGUAUUUAAACAAGAAGGAAAAAGGUCAGGUCAAGUCUGUAAGUGCUAUGAGUUCAAGAGAAAGAAGGCAGAAACAGAAACUAUGGCGAUUAAACAGUUCAAAAUACAGGGAGAAGAAUCAAAAUGUGCUGAAACACGACAUUAACGAUUUCUUGGAGAAAGAUGAAAACUCUCGAAUGUGUCCGGGAAAGAGGGAUUUUGUUAGAUCUGAAAAAUUACUAAAACAAAAGCGUCUGUUAACUGAUAAUAUGCGGAAUUUGCAUAAAAAAUUUUUAAACUCUGUUACUUACAAAAUAAGUUUGUCAACAUUUUGUAAGUACAGGCCUUUUUGGGUAACUUGGGCAAACCUUAAAGAACGAGAUACGUGUAAAUUCGUCGUUCACGUAAACAUAGAACUAAUCAUAUCAAAAUUACAUGAAAAUAAAGUCAUCUUACAUAAUAAUAUUCCAAGUUUGUUAUCUGAUAUAACAUGUGAUAUUUACUGUACUAAAUGUUUAUUUAGAGAAUGUAUAAAUUGUAGAGACAAGGCUCUAGAAUACAACCUUUCCCAAGCUACUAAAACUAUUACCUACCGACAAUGGAUGUACGAAAAUUUAACAUAUGAAAAAAAUGGAGAGACAAAAACAGUGCGUAAACCUUUGAAGAAGGAAAUAACU